AGCCCUGCCCGUGCCCGCAGGUCCCACCCGGGGCGGGGGCCACCAUGGGGCCACCAGCCCGUGUCCCCCUGCUCCUGCUCCUGCUGCUGGUGGUGGCUGAGAGGAUGGCGUGGGCCACCUUCCCCGAGGAGCCCGGGCCCAUCUCCGUGGCCCCCCUGGACUAUGUCAAACACUACCCCGUGUUUGUGGGGCAUGGCAGCAGCCGCCUGGGGGGGCCCGAGGGGGGGAUCCCCCAGCGCCUCAACAUCCAGCGCAUCCUCAAGGUCAACAGGACCCUCUUCAUCGGGGAAAGGGACAACGUGUACCGGGUGAGCCUGGAGCCCAGCGGGGCGGGGGAGCUGCGCUACCACCGGAAGCUGACGUGGCGCUCGAACCAGCACGACAUCAGCAUCUGCCGGAUGAAGGGGAAGCACGAGGCAGAGUGUCGGAACUUCGUGAAGGUUCUGCUGGUGAGGAACGAGAGCCUCCUGUUCGUGUGCGGCACCAACGCCUUCAACCCCGUCUGCGCCAACUACAGCAUGGACACGCUGGAGCCCGUCGGGGACAACAUCAGCGGCAUGGCCCGGUGUCCCUACGACCCCAAACACGCCAACGUGGCCCUGUUCACAGGGGGGAUGCUCUUCACGGCCACAGUGACGGAUUUCCUGGCCAUCGACGCCGUCAUCUACCGCAGCCUCGGGGACAGCCCCACCCUGCGCACCGUCAAACACGACUCCAAGUGGUUCAAAGAGCCCUACUUCGUGCACGCCGUGGAGUGGAGGAGCCACGUCUACUUCUUCUUCCGGGAGAUCGCCAUGGAGUUCAACUACCUGGAGAAGGUGGUGGUGUCGCGGGUGGCCCGGGUGUGCAAGAACGACAUGGGGGGCUCCCAGCGGGUGCUGGAGAAGCAGUGGACCUCCUUCCUCAAGGCCCGGCUCAACUGCUCCGUGCCGGGCGACUCCCACUUCUACUUCAACGUCAUCCAGGCCGUGACGGACAUCCUGGAGCUGGACGGGCGCCCCGUGGUCCUCGCCGUCUUCUCCACGCCCGCCAACAGCAUUCCCGGCUCGGCCGUCUGCGCCUUCGACAUGGCCCAGGUGGCCGCGGUGUUCGAGGGCCGGUUCCGCGAGCAGAAGUCGCCCGAGUCCAUCUGGACGCCCGUGCCCGAGGACAUGGUGCCAAAGCCGCGGCCCGGGUGCUGCGCGGCCCCGGGGAUGCGCUACAACUCCUCCAGCGCCUUCCCCGACGAGAUCCUCAACUUCGUCAAGACACACCCGCUGAUGGACGAGGCGGUGCCGGCCCUGGGGAACGCGCCCUGGAUCCUCCGCACCAUGAGCCGGUACCAGCUCCGCAGGAUCGUGGUGGACACGGCGGCGGGGCCGUGGGGCAACCACACCGUGGUGUUCCUGGGCUCCAGCACCGGCACCGUCCUCAAGUUCCUCAUCCUGCCCAACGCCACCAGCGCCACCACGGCCACCGCCCCCGGCAGCCAGAGCGUCUUCCUGGAGGAGUUUGAGACCUACCAGCCCGGGAGGUGUGGCCGGGACACGGAGGACGAGCGGCGGCUCCUGGGGCUGGAGCUGGACAAGGCAGCGGGGUCCCUGCUCCUGGCCUUCCCCCCGUGCGUGGCCAGGGUGCCCGUGGCUCGCUGCCAGCAGCACUCGGGCUGCAUGAAGAACUGCCUCGGGAGCCGGGAUCCCUACUGUGGCUGGACAUCUGAGGGCUCCUGUGUCUUCCUGGAGCCCAGUCCCAGGGCGUCCUUCGAGCAGGACAUCGCCGGCGGCAGCACGUCCCACCUGGGCGAGUGCGAGGGGCUGGUGACCGAGAGCUUCGUGGACGAGCCGGACGGGCUGGUGUCGGUGAACCUGCUGGUGAUCUCGUCGGUGGCCGCCUUCGUGAUCGGCGCCGUCAUCUCCGGCUUCAGCGUGUGCUGGUUCAUCGGGCACCGCGACCGCAAGGAGCUGGCGCGGCGCAAGGACAAGGAGACGAUCCUGGCGCACAGUGAGUCGGUGGUAAGCGUCAGCCGGCUGGGCGAGCGGCGGGCGCGCGGCGCCCUGCUGGCCCCGCUGAUGCCCAACGGGUGGCCCAAGGAGCUGGGCAAGGUGGCCCAGCACGACCUGGACUCGGGGGUGCUGCCCACGCCGGAGCAGACCCCGCUGCAGCAGAAGCGCUGCCCCGGCGCCCUCCAGAACUGCAGCUGGGAGCAGAGCCACAACAUCAUCAACGCGGCUUUGCGGGACCCUGGGGGCGGCCCCGGCACGGCCGGCGCCGGGCGCGGGCACGGC